AUGAUUGCAGGGACAUUGGAACUGUUCCAUUUCACUGCAUUGUUGAAUCUCACCACUUUCAACCUCAAAGGGAAUGCUCUCAACGGCUCCAUACCAGCUGCUCUUGGCAACCUCACAGGCCAAAUUCAUGAAUCAUUGUUCACCAAUUUGGUCAAACUUGAAUAUCUUAACCUCACCAACAACAGGUUACAAGGCCCCCUGUCACCAAAUAUCACUAACCUCUCCAAGUUGAAGGAUCUUCGCCUCACCGACAACUUCUUCUCUGGCAAAAUUCUUGAUUCAGUAAGCCUUAUUCCAAACCUGCAACUUCUGGAGCUGUACAAGAAUUCAUUUAUAGGAGAAAUCCCUCCUUCUAUAGGCCUACUCACGAAUCUCCGAACUCUAGACCUUCGAAUGAACAAAUUCAAUUCUUCCAUUCCCCGAGAGCUCGGCCUGUGUAACAAGUUGAUCUACUUGGGUUUGUCCGGUAACUCACUCUCGGGGCCAUUGCCGCCAUCCUUAUCAAAUCUGGGCAAUCUCUCUGAUUUGAGAUUAUCUGAGAAUAGCCUGACUGGUGAAAUAUUGACCUCUUUCAUCACGAGUUGGAGAAAACUAAACACAAUAAUAAUUGGAGACAAUGAAUUCAGUGGGAAACUUCCAUCAGAAAUAGGCUUGCUCACAAACCUCGAGUAUCUGUAUCUCUAUAAUAACUCGUUUUCAGGAAGCAUCCCCCCAGAGAUAGGAAACCUACAAAAUUUGAAGAUGCUGGACCUUUCUAUCAAUAACUUUUCAGGCUCUCUACCUGAAAGAUAUUUCAAGAAUUUCAGAGCAAUGAUAGAGAAAAAGCAAAGAGAGGAAAAAUAUGACGACGACAAUGGCUAUUAUCUAAGUUUUGUGGAUAUGAUAGUCACAUUGAAAGGUCAGGAUCAGUUGUUGAAUAUGCUACUUGAUACCUUCACAACAAUUGAUCUGUCCUCCAAUAGAUUUUCUGGUCGUAUUCCACAUUCCAUAGGUAAUCUUAAGAUUCUCAAAUAUUUGAACCUAUCACACAAUAGUCUCGCAGGACAUAUACCUUCAACUCUUGGAAACUUGAGUGAUCUUGAAUCGUUGGACUUGUCAACAAACAAACUGGAUGGAGAAAUUCCAAGUGAAUUGACAAGGUUGACAUUUCUUGCGAAAUUAAACCUUUCAAUGAACAAUCUUGUUGGGCAUAUACCACAAUCCAACCAGUUCUCCACAUUUGACAAUGAUUCAUAUAUUGGAAAUUUGGGAUUGUGUGGAUUUCCGUUGACGAGAAAAUGCAAUGAUGAGAAUGGGCCAACAGUUCCAGCAAAUGACGUCAAAUUCACGUCGAAAACGUUGAUUGUGUUGGAAUGA